GGGUUUUCAGAUCCUACAGUAGUCAUCUCUGUUCAACUAAUAUCAGUUACAUUAAUAUCUAAUAUCAAGCGUGUUAUUUUUACUCCAUAGCCGAAUGUGAACUUAAAUGAAGUCACCAGUCGAACAGAUUGGGCCACACUUACGGCAAAAAUAUACCGUUAGGAAUAAUCCAGACCAAUCAGUCUUUUAACCUUAUCCUCAAAGACUGAAAUUUGAACGGUCAUGUAUACAAUACAAUUCUUAACGUCACGGCAAAUAUUCAAGUGAGGAUGUGACGGACUUUUAUCCAGCUAUUUGUCUUGUAAAACUCGUUAUGUCGCUGGAUCCAAGCAAGGAAGUCCUCGUUAAGCCAUCAAACAUAGUUUUUCACUAUUCAACUGAAGGCACUUGCAACACAUGCCAAGUGUUGAUUGUUAAUAAAUCAGCAAGAAUACUGCGCUUCAAAGUUUUAUCUACAGCACGUUCCAAGUAUUUACUAUCAGUAUGCAAGGGCGUUUUAAAGUCUGGUGAAUUUGUUGAAACAGAUAUUUCAGUUUCCGGAGUUUCAAUAACGGAUGAUACAAAGGACUUUUUCAAGAUCCAGUUUUUCGAUUCAUACGAUGGCUCCGCUUUUUGUGAGCACUAUAUAUGUUCAACUAUUUCACGUAACCCGUCUCAUAAUGUUGCCAUCCAAGAUUCAGACUCAUGCAGCACCUGGCCCAGUCGUUAUCAUGAUGUUGGUUUGUCUACCUCAAGCUUAAGAACAGCAUCUUUAUCACGAGCUUUUAGAAGCCUUACUGAGUCAGAAAAUCGCCCUAUUGCUUCUAAAACAUACUCAUCAUUGGAUCGUACGAAAUGUGUGGGUCUCUCCAACGUAUUCUCUACAGUCAAAGCACAGAAAAAUAGAUCAAAAUCAAGUACGUUAACAAUCUGUCGUGGCACCAGUGAUAGUCAAUCAGAAAACUCCAGAACAAGCAUCAUUCUGCUUCAUAAUCUACUUUAUAAUUCCUUAUUUAUUCUAAGUUUGAUUGUUUGCUUAUUUGGAAUUUUAUUACCGUUCCUUCCAUAUGAUUGUAAAUUAUGGUUAUUGUCAAAAGUACUUCAUGAGCGAUGGAAGAUUAAUUAUAUUACUACUACUCCAAGUUCAUUGACUUCUCCAUAUCAUUCACAAAACGUUCAUGAUCAUUCUCAAUCUUAUAAGCAAAGUUCUGGAGCCACUUAUUCAUCGACAACUGAAUGUCCUACAGGGGAAAAUCCACCAAAAGAUGAGUUUAAUCGUCACACUCGUCUGGCAUUCUUUGCUUUCAAGAGUGCAUUGCGUAGUAUUUGCAGAGCAAUAAUUGCUUUAGAUCCGUUAGUCGCAGUUGCUAAUAUAUCAUGGUUUUGCUUAGGCUUGUUACUUAUGUAUCAUUGGAUAAAAAGAAGGUAAAACCGAACAAGAAAUGCACAACUGAUACCUUAAUCCGAUCAGAUGUCGGAAAACCAGGGAAACCUUUGUUAUUGAUUUAGUAAUAUAACUAAUAUAAAAGAGAGAUAUCAUCUUCACGAUCUCUAGAUGUUUGCAAAGUUUAUCCAGAUUUACAAAAUGACUUCAUCCUUGUCACGUCAUUCUUGCUUUUUAUUUUUCUGCUGUUUCCAUUAUCCCUUUCUUUAUUCAGUUUAUGUAAAGCACUGUUUUUGAUUCGAUUAUUCCUUCAUCUAGUGUACCUAUUUUUUGUAGAACACUUGAUUUCCUACUUUCAUUGAUAUUGUGACUUUUAUCCUUAAGAAAACGUUCCCUUGCUUGUCAGCGACUGUUCAUUUAGUACAAGUUUCAUGAUUUCUAUAAUUCCACUAAAUUUUUAUGGAAACAUUAAGUUACUUACUGGUUAGAUAUGAUUUAUAUAUAUAUAUAUAUAU